AUGUUGGACAUAUUGAGUGAAACCUUCAACAAAGAAUAUGAAAACUCCAAGUCAAUUUCAGUUACUGAAAAACAAUUAGAACAUAUAGUUGAGCAACUAAAUCAACAACCUUCAGACAAUGUUUCAAACACUACGCUGGUGAAUGAGGUAACUUUUCCAUGUAGUGAUAAAUUAUUUGAUAACAAAGUGCAUAAACUUACACCACCCGAACUAGAGCUUGUUGUGGAGGAUUAUGUAUCUUUAAAUAAUCAGGAGACUGGGAGUAUUACUGAAAUCAAAGAAGUUGAAAUUGAAUUGGAUAAGUAUAAUGAAGAUUUUCAUGAGUUGGAAGACUCCAAAGUUGGGGAGGGGUUUGUGGAGGCUAAUAACAUCCCCUACCCAAUAAUUUUGAAAAAACCUGAAACACAACUUUUUGUUCUAACAGAUUCUAAAAUAAAUUCAAAAUACAAACAAACAAAUUUAAUCAUUGACCGUCCCUUAUUGGCAACCAUCUAUGCUCAGAUUGGUUGUCAAGAAGGUGCAAUUGAUAUGCUAUUUGGAAACCAUAAGGUGAGAUGUCUUGUGUUUGGACCUACUAAUGAUUCUCCAAUCAGUGGUGAUUUGUGUGUAAUCAAUACUAUUCAUGAUUAUGCCUAUGAGCAUACCGCAAAUAUGCUCUCCGACACCACCCUCGAUUUGGAGAAAAUUUUCUCAUGUAACUGGUCGAAAUCAUUAGAUAAUAGUGGGAUUCAACACAUGGAAAGAAAUUUGUGGAACGAAAAACAUGAUGCAACACAUGCCCACAAAUAA